AUGAAGUUUCUGUACCUGCAGAAGAAAACUCCAAAGGAAAUCCAUGAGUGUAUGAUGCAAGCAUUGAAUGACAAGUCCCCAUCAUACUCAACUGUGAAGAAGUGGUGUGCCAACUUUCAGCGUGGAGAUUUUGAGACCGAAGAUACGGCAAAAUCUGGGAGGCCUUCAACAGUGUCAGCUCCUGAAAUUGUUGAUCAUGUUCAUGACCUGAUUUUGGCAGAUUGGCGAAUCUUGGCUAAAACAAUUGCUGAGACACUGGAGAUAUCCAAGGAAUGCGUUGGGUUUAUAAUUCAUGAGCAGUUGGGUAUGCAGAAGCUGUCAGCCAAGUGGGUGCCAAAAUGUUUGAAUGCCGAUAAGAAACAAUAUCAAGUGGACACCUCCAAGUUUUUGCAGCAUUUUGAGCACUCUAGUGAUAAUUUUUUGGAACGACUCAUCACUGUUGAUGAAACAUGGGAGUUCGUCCCUGCAAAGGAUGUUUAUGGGCCCCCUCAGGAGGAGUGUCAAGGGGCACAGCUGAAUGUGGGAAAGUAUCCUUCUUUGCACGAUGGAGAACCUACCGAUACUUCGGUGGUGCAAAAUAGCACAGCUGUCACUGAAUUCAUACUCCUGGGACUCUCCAGCAACUCUCGGGUCCAGCUCAUACUCAUUGGUCUCUUCCUCCUCAUCUACUUGGUGGCUCUAAGUGGGAAUACACUUAUCUUUCUCAUCAUCAGUAUGGAUAGCAGACUUCAUAAUCCCAUGUACUUCUUCCUGAGUAAUCUCUCUCUGGUGGACAUUGGGUACACAUCUUCCACUGUUCCCAAGAUGCUGAUGAAUUACCUCUCUCAAGACAAGCAUAUCUCCCUCGCUCGUUGCUUGUCCCAGAUGUAUUUCUUCAUCUCCUUUGGUGGCAUUGAGUGUCUUCUGCUAGGUGUCAUGGCAUAUGACCGGUAUGCUGCCAUUUGCCAUCCACUGCGUUAUCACGUACUCAUGAACCGCAAAGUAUGUAUCUGGAUAGCAGCAGCUGCUUGGGUUUUGGGCUUGGCUAACUCUGGUGUGCACUCUGGCCUGAUGUCCCUCUUGUCCUUCUGCUGGGACAAUAUAUUCAAACACUUUUUUUGGGACAUCCCACCCCUAUUGCAGCUCUUGUGCUCUGACACUAAGGCCAAUGAAAUUGCUACCUUUAUGGUGGGUGGAGGAUUGGUCAUGGGCUCAUUUUUAGUUACUCUCAUGUCUUAUGCCUAUAUAGUCCAGGCCAUCCUCAGGAUCUGUACCAAGGAAGGGCGGCUCAAGGCCUUUUCUACAUGUGCUUCUCACUUGACUGUAGUCAACAUAUACUUUGGCACUAUCAUCUUCACAUACAUCCGCCCCAACUCAUCGUACUCCCAGGAGCAAGAUAGGGUUUUGCCGGUGCUAUAUGGAAUUCUUACACCUAUGCUUAAUCCAAUCAUCUACAGCUUGAAGAACAAGGAUGUAAAAAGGGCACUCAGCAGGGGCAUAUCUAGGAAUGGUGGCCCCAAAUUCCAUCGCCAUGAGGUGGUCAAGAAGGAUACAAUGUUUGAUGGUGAAAAGAAUGAUAAAUGA